CACAUCAGGAACAACUCACUGAACCAACUUCAUUUGUCGGCGCGACAACGUCCGGUGCGGUUUGGUUUGGCCAGUUCUCCUGGUUGGUCGAUUGAGGUGCUAGGUUCUUUUUCUAAACGCGGUGCUCAUCUUUUUAUGAUUGUGCCUUUAUAGUGUAGCUCAAGGAAAAUGUUGUGACGGUUGUUGAUGUUUAACAAAUUCACGCAGAUAAUUCGAUUGAUCGCAACUGUUUUCUAUUGUGGAAAUAGUGACUAAGUUGAGUUAAUCAGUUCUAGAUACAGGCGCGAAAAUUUCCUGAGCGUAUCAUUGCUUGAUCAAUAAUUCGUAUUCGCAUAUCAAGAUGACUGGCGAACAGAAAGGCACAGUAUUGGUCACAGGCGGGGCCGGUUACAUCGGAUCGCAUACGGUAGUAUCUUUACUCGAAGCCGGCUACGGUGUUGUGGCCCUCGACAACUUUACGAAUUCAGUCAACUCCGCUAAGAACGACUCGGUAGCUUUGCAACGUGUUGAGGAAAUUACGGGCAAGAAAAUCACAUUUUACCGCUGUGACCUUUUGGAUAAAGAUGCAGUAGAGGCUAUAUUUAAAGCGCACAACAUCGACUCGGUAAUACACUUUGCUGCACUGAAAGCCGUUGGUGAAUCGAUGACUAAUCCUUUACUGUACUACAAAAAUAAUAUGAUUGGAAUGAUCAAUCUGUUAGAGGUUAUGGACAGUUACCGUAUUUACAAAAUGGUAUUCUCAAGUUCAUGUACAGUGUAUGGAGAACCGGAAACAUUGCCGAUUACAGAAGAGAAUCCUACCGGAAAUGUGACCAAUGUAUACGGCCGGACCAAGUAUUUUAUCGAAGAAAUGCUGAAGGACGCCGUGAGUGCAGAUCCGAAAUGGAACAUAAUCGCAUUGCGAUAUUUCAACCCCGUUGGAGCUCACAAAUCCGGCCGCAUCGGUGAGGAUCCUACAAAACAAUUCACAAACUUGAUGCCGUACAUCAGCCAAGUUGCUACCGGAAAAAAGGAUGUUCUAACUAUUUUCGGCAACGAUUAUAACACACCUGAUGGGACCGGCGUUCGAGAUUACGUUCAUGUGAUGGAUCUGGCCUCUGGACAUGUUGCGGCGCUAGAUAAGUUGGAUCACAUGCAUUUAGGGCUGAAGAUGUACAACUUGGGAACAGGCAAAGGAAUCUCGGUGAUGGAAUUAAUAAACACUUUUGAGAGGGUGAAUAAGGUGAAAAUUCCAUACGUUAUUCAGGAACGACGGGCAGGAGACAUCUCUGCUAUGUACGCGAAUGCUACUUUGGCGGAAACUGAGUUGGGUUGGAAGGCUGUCCACAGCGUUGAAGAGAUGUGUGAAGAUUUCUGGCGAUGGCAACAGAUGAAUCCAAACGGGUACAAGAGUGAACAAAUCAACGGUCAUCAUUGAUCCUUGGAACCUGAAAAUCGUUCUACAGUACAUUCUGAUUUAUCGAGUUUUAUUUAUUCUGUCUACAAUUUUCAACUAUGUCGUACAGUCUUGUAUUUUGUAGUUUUAGAACUUCUGUUCCGAUCGACGUAAAGUUCGGAUAAAGAUUCCGUGCAAAAAUUUCAAGACAUUUUGGAUGCUCAGGAAGCAUGUCAGAGAACAAAUCUAAAAGAAACAAAUAAAUAAAUCACUAAAUA